AUGAUAGUUGCCGCCCAACGGCUAAACAAGCUCGAGGAUAAAUCCAAGGAGGGCUAUCCGGAAGACGCGGACGAGCUAUACUACGAGCGGAAUCCCGAGGAUGACGGCGAGAAUCACGGCGAGGAAGGCGGAGACUGGCAGGUCCAGGCGGACCCCGAUGUGGAGCAGCCUGGAGAAUAUUACGAGGAGGAGGAGGCCCCGCGAUACGACCCAUCAGUAACCACCCCCUCAUCGCAACCAUCAGCCGGGGAUCGCGACACCGCCAGCUACAGGGACGACCGCAGCGAUUCAACAUACACCGCCUCGACGCCGCACUCCUCCGGCUACUAUUAUUGA